UGCAAAAGUGUUUCCCAAAUUCCUGUUAAAUUUUGUUGACAUCGGCAACCAACUCAAAUUACUGGAUUCAUUUGUAUAAAAAAUCGUUAUUAAGAUGUACGUAAAAAGUGUUAAUAUACUUCUACGUAAAAAGUAUUAAUAUUCGUGAGUCCUUUAUGAAUUGCAGAUAAUCUAAUAUAGAUCAAUGCAUUUACCCUAAUAUAUACACUGUUAAAGCUAUUUGAUAUUUGCCUUGAAUCUUGAUAUUUUUGGACUUUACUAAUUUACUAAGUUUACUUUACUAAAGUAUUACUCAACAUUAUUCAUUAUAUAAUUAUAUAAUAAAUAGGUAGACCAAUAAAUAAUAUUUAUAAAAUAGUUAAAAAUAUUUUUUUUCAGUUCAGAAAGGCAAAUAGUAACAGUUUUAUUUCAAUUCAAAUAUAAAUGCUCAAUCAGAUGCUAUUGCGAGCUGUUAGCCUAUGGCCUAGCCUAUAGGCCCAUAGCCUAUAUCCUAGACGUAUCAUAAUCAUCAUAUGUUUAUUUGUUGGUCAUUUUAAAUUCUAAAUUAGCUUUCAAGUAAACUCACCUCAUAUUAUCAAUUAUGCAUAAAAAUGCAUAUUUUUAAAAAAAUGUUAGCCUAACCUAGUUAAGUUAGGUAAGUUUUUUAAAGUGAACUUAGUGCUAGGCUUACUGAACUUGGCAUAGGCCUAAUUCCUAAUUAUUAAUUCAUAAAUUACUUUAGUACAAAAUUACCUAGCCUCAAAUCUAAACUUAAGGGUAGCCUAUAAUUUAAAAAUUUAAUUAUUGAAGGUUUUUACUUGUUUAGAAUUCAGUAUAGUAAAGUAAAAGCAGUAAAGGGCGAACUCAAUAAUUAAAUACAAACAAAUUUGAUGUGAUUCUGCCUUUGCAUCUUUGUAAUUUUUAAAUUUCUUUAAAAAAACAAAAAAAAACAUUGUACAACAUGUGAAUGUGACUGUUUUAAUGAUAGGGCUUUACUUUUUGUUUUACAGGAGUCAUCGGCCUCCAACUAGUAGCAAUCGCCCUACAACUAGUAGACCAAUAGGCACAGGUAGAAUUAUUGCAAAAUUUAAUGUACAACAUUUUAAAUCUUUUUAAAUAUCACACUGAAUCUUACUAGAAACAUUUUUUUAAAUUUUGUAAAUAAACAAGACUUGGUUCUGUUUUCCUUAUUCUUGAGUAUAUUGAAAUUUUAGAUUAAGGCUGUUUCGAAUAUUCAGAUUGGGACGUAUUUACACAAAUGCAGUAUCCUUUUUACAUUAAGUUAAAUAUAUUGAGCAUUUUAAUUUGGGAAACUUUAAAAAUUCAAUUAUUGUUUACUUGAAUUAACUUAACAAUAUUUAUGUAUCUUUUUAAAGCAAUGGGUCGACAACCAGGAACUGCAACAAGGCUAACUACUGCAAUGGUAAUCAGCUCUGUGUAAAACUAUGAUUUAUUAGUGUAGUAGUAAAAAUAAAUCUAUAAUUUCUACAAAGGCCUUAAUACUAUUUUUUUCAAUUUGUAAUUAUUGAGCAAAAAGUCUUGAUUCUAUAAUUUCUGUGCACCCAAGAGCAACAGUUGAGACGAAUACACGGACACAUUUGCGUCUAUUACCUCCUAUCUUCCAACCCCCAGUUCAUAAUACCUUCGCUGAGUAGCCCUUGCAACCACUAAAGUAUCCCCGUCGAAAUCCUUUCACAGCUACAUCAUGAACCCCUCUACAAACAUAGAAGCCAGAAUGAUCAAUACAUUGAUCGUAAGCCCUAAAAUUAUAGAAGAAGAAAGAGAAUAAAAUAAUUUAUAAAAUUGUAUUAAAUUAAGAGUAAAUUUCAUUUGGUUUCUGUAGAAAAAAAAUCUUUAACAUUAUUGUAUUGAUGUUUAAGUUUGUAUCACAUUUAAACAGAAUCCACCUACGGCACGGCCUGGCAGCAGAGGUGGACAAGUUGUCGGAGGUAUUGGUGAGUAAAUAUAUGUUGUUUCCUGACUAUUUAUAUAUGUAAAUGACCAUAAUAUGUAUAUAUCACCAUAAAAUUAAGGUGUUUUCUUUUCCUUUAUCUUUACAAUGAAAUAUUUUAUUACUUUGGAUUUUUUAUUUUAAACACUGAGUAGGAUUAAAGGCACAAUGUGUUUCUCAGCUCCCCCCCCCCCCCCUUUUUUUGCCCCCAAUUUUACUAAAUAGCAUUAGUAAUUUUUGUUUUCAGCCUUGAAUGCCCAAGUUACUGUUGUGGACAGACCCACCACUCAACAGGGUCUAGGAGGCAUGAAGACAGCAGCUAGAGGUUGGCUCAUGAUGUAAUUGUGUCUUAACUAAAAUAUAUACAUAUAAAUAUAUGUACAUAGAUAUAUAGAUAUAUUUAAAUUUAUUCUUUGUGUUUGGAGGGGUGGGGGUGCAGAUUUUAUAAGUCUCAAGAGAGAUUUAAAACCUGGGCUGUUACACAAUAAUGGACUGCAGCUAAUCUUUUUCAACAUGAAGUUUAUGCUGAUUAGCUUCUACAGGAGAAUUAUUCAAUGUGAUUUCCUCAAAUAAAGUUAAGGCUGCCAAUUUUCUUUUAAGCUGAUGUUUUUUUGUAUUUUUAAAACCUCUUGAUAAGGUGGUCGACAGGUUCAAGACAAGACUUAUUAUUUGGGCCUCGUAAGGUAAGUUUACAUCACUUAAUUCUUGUAUUUUUUAAGGUGAGUGUUAGUAUGUUUUAAUAAAAAUAAUUUCUCUUUUGUUCUCAAGUCAACUCUAUUUAUUUUAUGUAAUUAUUUCUUUGCAUUAUUUCUUAACUAAAGCCUUAUCAGUCGAUAAUUUCAUAUUUCCUCCUCUCAUUUCAGGAGUAAAAUAAAUGAGCUGCAUGCAGAAAAUACCAAGAUGAACAAAGAAAUUGACAAUGCCAGUGAUGAGAACUCAAGCUUCCUGUCCUAUGAAAAAAGGUUUUUGUUUCAACUCUCAUUUUCUCUAAAGUGUCAAUAUUGGGAAAUUUUGGAUUUGGCCAGAUUAGUUGAACCGUCACUCUCAUUUUUAUACAUGUUUUAAUUAUCAAAUGAUACUGCUAUCAUCAUAAAUCCCUGAUUACCCCAUGUUGUUUCAGAGCUGAAACACUUGCAUCCGAGAUUAGAGAUCUGCAAGGGGAAUUAGGAGAUUACAACACAGUAAGACAAAGUUUUAGUUGUGAUUGUUAUUUUAUGUUUUUGGUUAUUAGAAAGUUAGAAAAUGUUAUUUAAAAAUUUUUCUCUUAAAAAUAAGUGAAAAAUUUAACAAAAUAUAACUUUAGAAAUUUAUAAAGAACACAAGUCUUGUUUUUUUUUUAAACCCGGCUUCAAGAGAUUUAAUACCAAUAAUGGGAAUUACAAAAAUAAAUUUUAAUGUUUUAAUGGAAGAAAAAAAAUAAAGAUGUUAAUUAAAUUUUAGUAUUUAAUUUUUUCAGCUUGUUGAUAAACUGACAACUGAUGAAGAUAUUCAAGAUGUAGAGUUUGAUUGUGACAAUGUAAGUACAUUGGUAAAAACUUUUUAAGCAUGGGAAGAUUUUCAAAAAUUUGGGUGCUUCAUUAUUGGAUAAUAUGGAUGGAAUGAAACAUAUAACUUUGUAAAUUCACAAAUUAUGUUUAAUACUUCAGGACCUGGGGUUAUUUUUUAAAUGUGUGUCAUCAAUAAAUUGGGUGCUUCUUUUCUUAUGAAUGAAAUAAAACUUGAUAUUUUUAAAUAACCAGGUAAAAUGAUUUUUAUGAACAACAAUACUUUCUCUCCCCUACAGUUAAAAGCAGAGAAUGAUAAAAAUGCUAAAAGAAUGGAAGAUGGAUUUGAGGUUAAGAAACAGUGAGUACUAGCAGCCAGCACUACUUAAUCUUGGUCGAGUCUUGUAUGAUAGAAUUGUAAAUAGAUUAAAUAAAUAUAUCUUGGAAUUCAAUAAAGAUUAAGUAGAUUACAUCUUUACCGUAACUCUUAUUAAUAUUAGGGAUGUUUUUUUCAAGGUUAUAAUGACAUGAAGUGUUUACAUUUAUAAAAAAGUUAUGUUAUUUCAAUGAUCGUUUUGCCAGACGAGAAGAUCAAAUCCAAAUGCUGGAGACAGAAUUGGAUCAAGAGAAGAGAAUGGCAGACAAUCUAGUCAAUGAUAUGGUCAGUACUUUGUUGGACAAAUUAUUUGUUUCAUUAAUUUGUUAACCUGCCUCCGAGUAUCACUGAUUUACCAGAUCAGCUAUUUUAAAAUGUGAUGUGUUAUGACUCUGCCUGUCCUGCCCAACACACUUCAGGCAUUUUAAGGAUUGUGAUAUAUCCCUGAAGUAUUCCUAUUCACUGACAAAUGUCUGUGAAAAUAUACAUGAUUUAUAUUAGUAUAUAAAAUUUUGCAGAGGGUCUUCUUAAGAAAAAAAUGACCCAACUAUGUAGUGUCAAUACCCCCACUAUGUAGUGUCAAUACCCGCACUAUGUAGUGUCAAUACCCGCACUAUGUAGUGUCAAUACCCCCACUAUGUAGUGUCAAUACCCGCACUAUGUAGUGUCAAUACCGCACUAUGUAGUGUCAAUACCCACACUAUGUAGUGUCAAUACCCCCACUAUGUAGUGUCAAUAGCCUGAUACUGAUAUGGUAAAAUAGUGUCCAUACCCUGAUAUGAAAAAAAAAAAUCCAUCCAACUACUGAAACUUUUAGUUCAUUGGUAAAGUAUAAGAAUAUUCAUGUUAACCUUGCAUGAUACCCUCACAGGAAGCCAAUGACAGACAAAGAUACAUGCAGCUCAAACACUUGAAUGAACAUUUGUUGAAACAGUUGGAGAAUGGCCAGCAGGAGCUCGACAUGCUCAACUCCAAGAUGGAAAACUUGCAAGAAGUGAGUCAUGCCAGACACUGAAGAUGAGUGGAAGAAACCAUGAAACACUUCUGAUAGUUAAGAUCUUAUUUGAUGUCGUUUUAUCAAAUUUUGUUAACGUAUUAAUGCUGUUUAAAUAUUUACAAAUGGUUAUAAAUACAGAAAACUUAACACAAAGUUGUCCUGUGUCUGAGAAGUCUGUCCUGUGUCUGAGAAGUCUGUCCUGUGUCUGAGAAGUCUGUCCUGUGUCUGAGAAGUCUGUCCUGUGUCUGAGAAGUCUGUCCUGUGUCUGAGAAGUCUGUCCUGGAUUCUUUUUGUUUUGUUCUCCUCCACCCACUCCUUUUAAAAUCAGUUGCAGUGAAAUUACUCCCCCCCCCUUUUUUUCACCUGCAUUAACUCUCUAAUCACUAAUGGUCCACCACAUUCCUCAUGCUGUCAUCUCUGAUGCAACACUUCAGCUAGGUUUUAAUUUCUAUCAUUGUUAGUCUUUGUUUGUUUACUGAAGAAUGCUUCUUGCAUUAUUUUUUUCCUUUUUUUUUUUCAGGUUUUACCAUACCUUGUUUCACAUAUUUCUUUUUUUUUCCCCCACGUAGAUAAAAAUAUAAAUUUCUUUUUAAAAACUCUGCAUUGCAUUGAUUACUAAGGUGAAUAGAGCCAAUUUAAAAGUAAAAUAAAUAAAACUCAAUUAUUCCUCUGUUGUUAAAAAAAGUUUUCUAUUAAUUUUGUUUUUAUUUCACAGGAACUUUCUUUGUCCCAAAUCAAGCAAGAAGCAGGUCAGUCAGAUCCAAACAUUUUUACAUGCCAUCUUUUAUUGGGCGAUAGCACAUUUAGAUAUAUAUUGGGUAUAAAAAUAAUCAGAAGCCAUGUUCAUGGUUUUUCAAGUAACAUAAUUUUUCAUUUUAACCCCAUCAAAUACGUUUGUGCUUUUUUGUGCAUACCAUGAUUUUACUUUAACCAUCUGAUAUCAAAUCUCUGCUGUAAAAAAAAUGCUGCUGUUAAAAUGUGUUUAUUUUUGUAUAGUUCGUCUGUAUGAUCAAAUUCAUGAAUUGGAGGUGAAGAGAGAUGCCUUGAUAGAGGAAGCCAAGACAAGGGGCUCUCCAGCUGAGGAGAGAGAGAAGCUCCUGAAACAGGUCAAGGAAGAUAACCAAGAAAUUGCCAGCAUGGAGAGACAGUAGGUUAUUUGACAGAUUAAUGAUUAAGGUUUUUUUUUUUUACAUUCAUGAUAUUUGUUUGUUAAAAGAAGUCAAAAUAAAAUUAGGUAAGAUGCUUUACCUUUACGUAAGUUACAUAAGUGUGUUGAGUGCAAAUGUAUAUAAUUAUUAUGUUUACAGAACUCGAGAAAUUCAAGAGAAAAUAGAUCAGAUGCAAGAAGACAUCCAACAGUUAGAUCAAGACAUAGAAGAAAAUCAAGGUAAUGUUAAGCAGGUUAUUUAGGUAAAUUUACUUCAAUAUAAAGCACUUUGGUGGAAAAUGUGGGUGGGGGGGGGGGAAUUAUUUGACCAGUAUUUGACUUACUUUUGUUUCCCUUAUACAGGUGAAAGGAAUCAAAAGUAUAAGGAGUUAAAAAAGAGAGAGGAAAGUAUGGAUGGUAAGAAUCAAACUAAAAAUAUUUGCUAAAAAACAUUUAGAAGCAUCUAUUUUUCUUCAGUUUUAUGGAGAGAGAGAAAAAAUUAACUUGAUAAUUCUAAGGUACUUAUAUACAGUGAGUUUAUAUUUUAAAAUCGCAACUGGUUAUGCAUGUUACAUGUUAUAAAAAUGACAAGUGCAAGGAAAAAAUAAUUGAUGAGCUCUACAUAUUUCUGAAGCUGUUUAAACAAAAAUAAGACAACUUUGUAGUUUGUUCACUGCAGAAGACAAGAAAAUGUUCAUUUUCUUGUUGUAAAUUUGCAAUAAAUUUUGAAAAUAAUUUAAUUAAUAAACCUGACUUUAAUUUAAGCUUAUUAUGUAAGGUAUUUACUAUUUAAGCUUAUUAUGUAAGGUAUUUAUUGUUUUAAAUUUCAGAAUUUUUAAAUACAUUCGAAGGAAAUAAAUCUGAUGAAAUUGUAAGUAUGAUAACUGAGGAAUCUGUCAGGAUAAGGCAAUAAUUUCCAUCAUUUUAUUUCAAAUCAUAAUUUUGUUGUAAAAUGUUUUUUUCUAAACACGUGUAUUAAGUUGUUCAUUUAUAUUAAGUUCUAAUGUUGUAAACUUGUCUUCCUCACCAGAGAAAAAUCUCUCAAAUGGAGCAGGGAAUCGUGACCUUAUUGGAAAACAUGAGCAGGGUGAGUGGUCAGGCUUUAAAAGAAAUGGUUUUUUAACUCAAUAGAUAAGUCAGUAAAUAAUUUAUUACUUAGUAAAUAAUUCAAUUUAUUUAUUCUUAUAUAAUUGCUUCACUGUUCAACAAUCUACUUCUACUGACAACUCUUCUUUUUUUUUUUACAAGACUAAUAAAUUUUUUCUGUAAAAAAUCUUUUUCAGAACAUGGGUAGAUUCACUCACCUGCCAACACCUAAAGAACUCAUGUCCAUGAAGGCUGACCUCCAGUUUAAGGAAGAUGAACGACAGAAAUCAGAAAGGACAACUCUUGGUCUGGCCUCAGGUAGGUCAAUCUUGAAAUGAGUAUUUCAAAAGUAUCAGGGGAUGUCUUGGAGUUGUGUGACUUCCCGGAUUAUUUAUUUAUUUCAUUUAGUUCACUUUGUUUGUUGUCUUUGGUUCCUCCCUGCAGAACGUGAAAAACUCCAGCUUGACCUCCAGAAGAUGGAACAAUUUGAGGAGAAGCUCAAUGAGGAACUAAGGGUGCUGAAAGAAAAAGUUGUGCAGAUGGAGAAGGAAUUGGAUGUCUACUCAGAUCUGGAUAAGCUAAAAAUUGAAUCCGAGGCCAAGAAACAGGUCAGUGUUUUUGUUUAUACAUCUGUAAGAAUCCUUUCAGAGCCUAUUUAACAUUUUAAAAAAUUUUCAUAGAUGUUUUGUAUCACUUUAUAAAAAUUUGUCUUAAAAUUGUUCUCUUAAUGAAUUGAUUUUAUUAUAACAAUAGAUAAAUUGGGUAUAAUUAUGAAGGCAAAAAUAAAGUAUAAUUAAGUUUCAAUUUUCUGUAUUUCAGAAACUGAUGGAGGAUAGGAUAAUCCUCCAGAAAAGACGAGACAACUUCAAGAAAAUGAUCCAGGCCUUGACUGUCAGAUAUGAGGGCCUGAAGGCUCAGCUCAACGAAAAUGAAACAUAUACCCAGGUGCCUUGUCAUGUCAUAUAAGUGAUUGUAUUGGAAUGUGAUGUUUCUGUAGCUGAAUUUAAUUGAUCAAUUCUUUUGUGUAAUAUUUAUCGAGGUUUAACCCACCAAUUGUGGUCGGUCGAUAUUUUCGUUCUGUACUGUGGCGGCAGAAAAAAUUAGUCGAUAAAAAGGUCAGGUAGCAACUUCCAAUCCAGUAUUUAACCAGAAUUAUAGCCACUUCCUUUUAUUAAUAAUUAAAUCAUUGUCCGGGUCAAGCUGUUUGUUGAUAACUUAACAAUAAGUACUUUUUAAAUACUUUAAAACGGAAUUUUAUGUCCCUGUUCUUUUUAAAGGUAAAAUGGAUGAAGCUAUGGCUGGGCCUUCAGUACGAGAACUAAUAGAAAUAUUUUUGAAAGCUUUUUAGGAGAGGAUUUAAGUGAUGCUAAUGAUGAUUUUAACAUUCCCCAUGAGGAUCUCAGUUCCGACUAUUCUUCUAGUGAAUCUGAUACUAGUCCUAGUGAUACUGAAGUAGGCCUACUGUUAGACUUCGAGCCAGGCCCGGAGGUUGGGCAAGGACUGACUGAAUUUUAGUCACAGAAGCUACAGAUUAUAGAUCAGAACUAAUAAAUUUUAUAGUUAGGCAACCCAAAUCAGUUUCUUUUUAAAUGUUUACUAGUCAAUAAUAACAUUUUUGCCUGAGAUUUUGUAUGUUUUACUUGGUUUUAGCUGUGGUCCCAGUUUAUUUUUUUCAGUAAUAAAUGACCUAAAAUUACUAAAAUUGAUUUCAGAGGCUUAAUUGUAAUCGAAACCUUAGCAAACUAUACAUUUUCUGAAAGAUAAAUAAAUAGGCUACCACAUUUAAAUUAGUAUUUUAAUGGAAUCUAUAAAAAUUAUUGUUAUGAGCACUUGAAAGCAAGAUAAUUUGUCGAUUUUUUUCCUUGAGCACUCCAAGGUCAAGGACAAUAAACAAAUUUUUUUUUACGGGUGGGCAAUAUAGCCAACUUAAUUCCCAUCCAUUUACCUUUCUAAAAAUAGAUCUAUAUACUUAUUGGGGUCUUAUAUCAAUAUUUCCAUGUCAUUUAAUUAUAUUUUAAAAGGCACUCAAAUGCUCCCACACUAAAGAAUGAUCUAUGUCACAGUUCUUGGGUUAACUUGGUUAAUCAAACGGAGCUGUUCUUUAAAAAAAAAAAUGAAAUUUAAGGCCAGACCUGCCAAUUGACAAUUGUGAUAUUUUUAAUGAGGGGCUUUAAAAACUUAAACUCCAAGUAUAACAUUAAUUACUUUUAUGAAGAAACUUAGAAAAAUUAUAUUUAUUUACUAUAUAUUUUCUAAAUUUAACCCGAAAAAAAAAUAUUGUAUUAUUUCAUAAAAUUAAAAAGUUUCAGACAUAUUUCUAUGUUUUUAUCUUACAGUUGAUGAACCUGGAAAAGAAAUGGCAGCACCAUGAACAAAACAACUUUUCUAUGAAAGAAUGUAUCCUUAAAUGUUCACAGAAUGACUUAAACAUAUGAGAUAUUUUUUUAAUGCUCAGCUGAAAUAAUCUCUAGGUAUUUUAUAAAGCAUAAAUAGAAGCAUAUUGACUUAAUAUACUAGCAUUUCAAAUUUUUUUUUAGCUUGUACAAUGGCUAUUUAUAUCUAAGUUUUUAUCAUUGUUGGCCAAUUCUUAACCUUAUGCAAGUUAUUUCCCAGCGCACCAUGGAUUGUGACUUUGGAAAGAUAAGCAAACAAGUCUAUCGUGCCAUGGAUGACUUCAACUCAAUUCUUCAGAGCCAUUUAGCCAGUAGAAAGACUUAUUAAUUAAAUCAUCAUACAAAUUAGUAGGUGUUUUAAAAAAAAAAAUUGUUACUUUGUUUUCAUCAUCAUAAUGAUAUAAAUAAUCAUAAUGGUAAUUUUAAUCAUUAAUUUCUUUCUUAUGAAAUAUUUAAUGCUUUCUUGAAUUCAAAAUAAUUUUAGCUGAUCAGGGUUAUCAAGGCCACAUUCAAGUUCUAUGUAUGAAUUAGUGAGACAAUAAAUGUUUUAAUGAUGAAGGCCUAUUAUUAUCAUUCACUUGAAUGUUGUGGUGAAGUUGCUUUUUUAAUUUUCUACAAACUGGUUUUGGAAUUCAAAAACAAAUAUUUUGUUCUCUUAAAUAAGAUUAAACAUAGUAGAAUUUUUAUUAUAACAUACUAAUUGGAAUAAUAAAUUUAUUAUCCUGUAAAAUACAUUUUGAAAAACCAGCUUAUAUAUUGUAGUUUUAAUUUUUAAUCAGGGAAUGCAUAAUAAAUUGUUUUUAAAAUAAGAAAUCUAGAAUCAGAUUUUUUUUAAAAAAAGGGUUCAAAUGUCCAUUAAUGGAAAGGCUGACCGAUACAUAUCCUAAAUAAGCCGUCCUAAUUAUCUGUGAUAUUGCACAUAAUGGAAAUAAAAU